CAGAUGAGCCUCAAUUCACAGUGAUAAAAGGUCCUCUGCAGAGACAUGGUUCUUUGCUUUUCUUAAAGUGUCUAAAAACCUAUUAGAUCAUACUUAUAUUUAUUGUGUUUUUGGUUUUUUGGUUUUUUUUUUAAAUAAUAAUUGUAUAAUCGUUUUCCCAUCUUUGCUCUAGGUGAUUGUAGUAAUGCUUAAAAGGAAACAGGCUAAACAUAUGCAUUGCUGCUGGGGAGAUAAAAUGGGUAUUUCAAUAUGAGACUUUAAAGUAUUUUUAUUUAUAUUUCACUAAAGGGCGGAGUUCUGUUGAGAGAGCCAAGUUGUUAAGGUAUCCUACUCUUAGAGUACCUAGCUGUGUGUUUGUGUUGCUUAUCGUGUUAUGAUGACAGAGACAGAAGAUCUUGUGCUGGCUGAAGCAUGGUUUGGGUUCUGUUGUGUAAUCCUCAGAGCUGUUUGGAUCUUGUGGUGUCAUUUUUAUUGUGAACUGAGGGGUUUAGCAUUUAAGGCUGCAAUAUCAUUUGUGCAAUAUCUGUUUUGUUAGCUUGCAUGGACUGCAUGGUGGAUUUGUGCUGAAAAAAGUUUUGAUAACACAGGGAUGUUUUAAUUACUGCUGAGCAGUGCUUACAGAGUAUCAAGGCCUUUUCUACCUCUUACUCCACCCCACCAGUGAGGGGGCUGGGGAUGCUCCUAAGAACUUGGGAGGGGACACAGCUGGGACAGCUGACCCCAACUCACCCAAGGGAUACCCCAGCCCAUGAUGAUUUUGUGCUCAGCAAAAUAGAAGAUAUGGGGGAGAAGUUUGUCAGGGUUGCUGUUUCUCAGGGACUCACUGGUAGUGAGUCUCAUUGGCUGGUAGCGAGCAACAGUUCUUUUUGCAUCACUUGCUUUCCUUGCCCUUUUUUUAUCUAUCCUUUUUUUUUUUUUUUCCCUCAGUCUCAGUCCAUGAGUUUUCUCACUUUAGCUGUUCCUUUUCUCCUCCUGUGGGAGAUUUAGAGGCUCUGUGGUGCCUAGCUGCCUAUCAAGACUAAACCACAACACAGGGAAAAAGGCUUCUGGUCCUCACAUGCAGCAAAAUGCACUUUGUAGUGAGCAGAUAGGAGCUGCUGUAAUUUUGAGAUCAGCUGUGGCUCUGCAUGACACUCCAGAACAGGAUUUGCUGCUUGCCCAGUCCUCCUGUAAGUGUUGUUCUGUGUUACGACAUUCCCUCUUGCCACAUUUGCCAAUCUUGUCACGUUUGCCAGUCUAGUCACCGAACAGAUGCCACUUUUGAUUGGUUGGCUCUACAGUGUCUGCACAGUGAAGCAGUGAACUGCUUCCAGUUCGGUCAGACCGGAGUUGUAUGUGGAAUGCUGAGAUGUUGGGGCCAAAGUUCCCCUGGCUGCUCUGGGCCUACACAUGCUGCUGCAGGACCAGUUUUUGUGGGAGGGUGGUGGUCUGGCCCACUGAUGCCAGUCACUGGAUCAAUGUGAAAGUGCUUCUGCAAGAGCUUGUUCUCCGGGGUCAUGAAGUGACUGUGCUGGUGCCCUCAAGCAAUCUGCUCAUCAACUACCAGGACACCUCCUCCCCUUUCACUUUUGAGGUCCUGCAAGUCCCCUUUAGCCAGGAGACCCUGGAUGCCUCCAUGGAGGACUUCCUCAAUUUCUGGAUGAAUGAAGCCGCUAAUCUCUUCCCAUGGGAGAUCAUGUGGAUGAUGAAAGAGCAACUGGAGGUCUUCACCAAUAUGUCAAAGCAGACGUGUGACACCUUGAACUCUCACCUGAUAGCAAAGCUGCAGCAGGCCAAGUUUGAUAUUCUGAUCGCUGACCCCCUGUCUGUAGGUGGGGAACUUGUAGCAGAAAUCCUAGAGAUCCCUUUUGUCUACAGCUUCCGCUUCUCUGACGGGAAUGUGGUAGAGCGGCUGUGUGGUGGGCUCCCGUCCCUACCUUCCUAUGUGCCUGCUAGCACAACGGGGCUGACACACCAGAUGUCCUUUACAGAAAGACUACAGAACUUCCUCUUUUACAUUUGCACGGAUUUAUUUUUCAUGAGGUUUUGGCGAGAUGAAUGGGAUGGGUACUACAGUAAUGUCUUAGGCAAGCCCACAACUCUGUGUGAGACCAUGGGGAAAGCAGAGAUUUGGUUAAUCAGAACAUACUGGGAUUUUGAAUUUCCACGCCCUUUCCUGCCCAACUUCGAGUUUGUUGGAGGACUUCAUUGCCAGCCAGCAAAACCAUUACCAAAGGAAAUGGAAGAAUUUGUUCAAAGCUCAGGGGAACAUGGUGUCAUUGUAUUCACUCUUGGAUCGAUGGUCUACAAUCUAAGUGAUGAAAGAAGUAAUGUGAUCGCCAAAGCCCUCAGCCAGCUUCCACAAAAGGUCCUCUGGCGGUACAAAGGGAAAAAGCCAGAAACUCUGGGCUCCAACACCAGGAUUUUUGACUGGAUACCACAAAAUGACCUGCUUGGCCAUCCCUUGACUAAGGCCUUUAUUACACAUGGUGGGACCAAUGGGCUCUAUGAAGCCAUCUACCAUGGGAUCCCAAUGGUUGGGAUUCCCAUGUUUGCUGACCAGCAUGACAACAUUGCUCACAUGGUAGCAAAAGGAGCUGCAGUUCAGGUGGAUUUCAACACAAUGAAGACGCAGGACCUCGUGGAUGCACUGAACGCAGUCAUUUACAAUUCCACCUACAAGGAAAAUGCUCUAAAGUUAUCCAAGAUACAGCAUGACCAGCCUAUUAAGCCUCUGGACAGAGCUGUCUUCUGGAUUGAAUUUGUCAUGCGUCACAAAGGAGCAAAGCACUUGAGACCAGCUGCUCACCAUCUCACCUGGUACCAGUACCACUCCCUGGAUGUUCUGGCAUUCUUGUUCACCUGUGCAGCCACUAUUGUCUUCAUUCUUUUCAAGUGCUGCCUGUGUUGCUGUAGAAGAUGUGGCAGAAUUGCAAAGAAGAAGAAAGAAUAGACACUUUGCUCCCAGCAGCAGUUUUCUUCUCCUAGGUUGAUUAAGCAAGGCAUUUAUGCAUAUUCUUUGGUGAACAGGUUUACUGGGAUAUGCCUUAAGCUGGGCAUAUCAUGAAUGCACCACAACAAAGCUGUUGUGGUGCAUGGCUGCUUGCUUAGCCAGCAAAUUCUUUCUGGUCUAAAUAAAAUUGAAUUACAGUUGCUUUAUCCCUCAGGACCAUGUUAGCUGAUCACACAUGGUCAUUGCCAUGGCAAUUGUUUCUCUAAGUUUUCAAAUAUCUCAGAUAUUUUGGUAUAUUUUGUAAAUUCAGCCCAUGGGUCUACAACUAGGCUCCUUAUCCUAACUCUGUCCUCUCCUCUAGUGUCAUGCAGGCUUGAUCACUGAUUCACAACCAAUCAUGCCUCCUCUCCUGUCAGAAAAGCUCUCUCCACACUGGACAGCAAAUCCAAGGUCAUGGGCUCCUAAAAAGCGCCCAUCUGAAGGGCCACGAUCGUGAAAACUGGGAGCUGCAAGUGGCAAGUGCCCUGACUACUUGGGAGUUGAGAGGAGACUAGAAUGCUAAGACCAUAAAAAAAAUUGCUUUCCUGGGAACCAUUUCUCUUUCCCAUUCAGUCCAGAAUUUCUACUUCAUAGGCCAUCAUUCUAACUGCAACACUGCAGGGAUGUGAAAACCACUUCUGUCAGGAACUUGCCCAUCUUAACUCCCAAACGCCUCUGAGCCUGCUAAUUGAUAAAUGCAGGAAAAGAUCUGGAGAGGGAACUUGCAAAGAGAUAACAUUCCAUGUGGGAACAGCAAAAUAGACACUUGCUUUGCCUGAAAAGUUGGAGAGAAAAUAGUGCUGCACUUGGGCCAGAUAAAAGUAGUAAAUGUAAUACUUCUUCAGGUGUUAAAGAUGCCUGUAAAAUGCUGCUAGUCCAGGCCUCCUGUUCUAGGUAAGGUUAUUUCACUACUGUGCCAGCUUACUGAAGAAAACAACUGCUAGAAUUUUAACUGAUAUUUUUAAAUACUCUGGAAUUGUUUUCAAACAGAACAUGAUUAUUUGUUUACAUAAUAAAAUUCCCUACACCACAUCAACUUUUUUUUAUUAGCAUUGUCAUAUUUCAACAUCUGCUUAAACUUCUUCAUGCUACAAUAUGUACAAAAGGCCAACCAUUUCCAAACUGAAGAGAGGUUACAAGAAGACUACUGCAUCUCAUGGCAAGUUCUGGUGUACUGUUCCUGUUGUCAUGAUGAGAUCAUAACCAGGAAUAUGCAGUGAAUAGAAAGGGGCACGACACUAAGGCCCCAGAUCAGAAAGGGGUUGCUGUAACUGUUCAGAAUAGCAGGUGGGUCCCUAGGCACAGCUCCACCAAGCUGUAUCACUACCAGUCCUUGUCAUCCAGUUGCUGAGAUGUCAGUUCAGAAGCCAGAAGACCAGCAAGCCUCUGAGCACAGGUGCUGGUCAGACAGGGCUAACAAAGGACACUGGAAACACAAUAGAUGGGAAAAGCUGAACAGAUUUGCUGCACAGUCAUGGUAAGGAGGCACUUCUUUACUGUAACCUACUCAGAGAGAUUUAUCUGGUAUUGAAUUUUAAAAUAAACAAACAAACCCCCAAACAAAAUAGCUCAAACAAAACCAACACCCUCUCUUCAUUUUAGAGUCUGUACAUAAUGCAGAGAUAGAUAUCAAGGAAUGAGGGUGCUCUAUGAUGCAUAUCUCCAAUUAGACACAGAAUGUAUUCUAAAUCUGACAGACCGAUCUAAUCCUCCAGCUAGCAGGCAAUACCUCUCUGUGCACAAUAAACUGUGUUAAGGAACCCAAACACAUAUUCAGCCUCUUGUACUGCCUAAAGAAACGAAACAUACUUGUACAUUGGAGGUCUAGCUUUUUAACACAUUUACUGUGAUUGUAGACUAAAAUAAACAGAGCUCAAAUUAUUGCCAGGUCAAAAAACCCCCACAUUUCCACAAAUGCCACACAGUGGCCAGUCCUAUACUGCCUUUUAUAAAAACAGCUGCAACACCCAGCAGGGUAGAACUGGAGGUGUUUAAAGCACAGUCUGGAUUUGUUACAUGAGAGGACACUGAAGAAAGUUUAUGAAGAAUGCCACCAAGGCAGUGCUACUUCUACAAGUUUAGGAAAGUUGGAAACUGCUGGAUAAACUGAAGAACUUCAACUAUAAGUUGUAUUCCCCCCUCCCCCUCCAAGUUUUAAAAUCGGCAUUUAGGUUAAAAUAUUUGCUCUUUAAGUGAAGUAACAAGUGAUUAUUACAAAGAAUGCAUGUGCAGACUCUGGAUCUUGCAGGACUAACACAUUCCCGAGACAGGUGUGUUGUGGCUGAGGACAGCUUCUCAACAGCUUGAAGACCAUAUGAUUAAGUUGAACAUAUAGGGCCUUAAUAACUCUGAUGAACAGCAGGAGUUACUGGCUACUUCACUAAGGAAAUAGAAAUGCAAUUACCUUUUACAUCAGUAGUCCUAAAUUCAGGCUUCAGAUCAUUUCACUUACCACAAGGAAUAUUUGAACUAUUUCUGAACAUAGAUCUUUUCCUAGAACUGUCAGCAUGUAGCAAAGCUGUCAAGCUUAGAAAACCAAGAAACCCAACAUGGAGCUUUAAACAUUUCAAUAGUUACCAAUUUAUUUUUAUAUAAAAAAAAAAUGGUAGCAAUGUAGAAUACAGCAAUAUUUUCUGGUUUCACACACGCAGGUUGUGAACAUUCCAAGCAAUGUGUACAUUUUGGAAAGAGACUAGACAAGAGAAUUGACCAAAAUGUUACUGAACACAGGAAGGUUUUUAAAAAAAGGCUAAAAAUCAGGUAUCAAUAGUGUCUUCUUAAUAUUGCUUUCCUUACUGAAGACCGAAAAAACCCCACUUGACUUCACAGAUAGGGUUAAAAAAUGGCAGGGGGAAGAGGGGGGGGAAAAAAGGCUGCUACAACACUGCCAUACCGCCAAAAAAAGAAAAAGAAAUCAUACUUCAAUAUUUGCAUACUUGAUAGCAGCAUUCUCCCAUCGAACCAUAUGAAACUACAGGAAGAAAACAUCAAAGCAAAAAAAAAAAAAAAAAAAGAAAAGAAAAAGGCAGUUAUCCAUCAG